UAGAGACAAAAAAAAGAGUUGUUUUUUCCUUGGAAAUGUUGAUUACAUUGUGAUUUUAUUGAUUGAUUGGUGAAUGGGAGAUAGAUUUAUGAUGUCUCCAGAUAGAGCUCGGGGGCAACGAUUUCCGCCUCUGGCUAGACAGAGUUCUCUAUAUAACCUCACUUUUGAUGAGGUGCAAAGCCAGCUGGGGAACAUAGGCAAGCCUUUGAAUGCUAUGAAUUUGGAUGAGUUGCUGAAAAGUGUGAUAGCUGUUGAAGGACAGUUGGUGCAAAACCCUUCUUCUUCGUCAUCGUCUGCUUCUUUCGUUCUUGGGAAUUUCAAUUUGAACGGAACAUUGCGUAAGAAAACGGUCGAUGAGGUUUGGAAGGAAAUUGUUGAUCAUGGCAACGUCAAUGCAAUGGAUAACCAAUUUGUUCAACAGCAAUUGACGCUUGGAGAAACAACGCUUGAGGAUUUUCUUGUUCGCGCCGGUGUUAUUAACACUGCCAGUCAAAAUGGUGUCCUUGAUCCACAACAAUUUAUGGCAAUUGAUCCAAUGGCUGUAGUUUCACAACAGGCUGAUUGGCUGCAGUUCCAAAUGGCUACCGUUCAGCAGCAGCAACAACAACAAAUGACAAUGAUGGAUUCAAAUUUUAAUGUUCCAGACUCAUCAGUUUAUGAAGGCCAAGUUGUAGACGUUGGGUACCCGAAGAACCAACUGGCUAUGACAAUGCUGACUGCGAUGUCAGCAACAUCUCAGGAUUCUCAGGCGACUACUGCGAGGAAGCGCAGAUGUUCAGAUGUGAUGGAGAAAACUAUUGAGAGAAGACAGAAGAGGAUGAUCAAGAACCGUGAGUCAGCAGCAAGGUCGAGGGCAAGGAAGCAGGCUUAUACCAAUCAAUUGGAGGUUGAAGUAGAUCAAUUGAGGAAAAUGAACAGCUGGCUCAAAAGGCAGAAGGAAGUGAAUAUGCUUUUGUCCUCGAAUACAAAUGCUCAGCCCAAGUACCAGCUGCGGCGUACCAGUUCAGCUUCAUUUUAGCAAAAUUUUGUCCAUCCUUGGCCAAUUUCUGGUCAUCAUAAGCUUAUUCUAUUUAUUCAUUAUUCUUUUAGAUUGACAUAGAAAUUAAUUUUUUUUUUAGAUUGCAUUAAUGUGAGCUUUCCUUUUCUUGAAUUUAC